AUGGCCACUUGCGCCCUACACAUCUCGAAGCGAUGGGAAGAGUACAAGCAUGCCUGGGCCCUGGGUCUCUUUGCCUAUGCGGGCAUCACCGAUCUACUUGAUGGUUGGAUCGCCCGCCGAUGGAACCUUCAGACGGUAGUAGGCACCGUCAUCGAUCCUAUGGCCGACAAGACUCUGAUGACCGUCUUGACGGUGUGCUUAGCUGCCCAAGGCUCUCUACCAGUUUGGCUCGCCGCCAUCAUCCUAGGCCGCGAUGUCGGUCUUGCGAUAUCCGCCAUCUACUAUCGCUGGAUCUCCCUCCCACCCCCGAAGACCUUCGCGCGGUACUGGGACUUCUCUUUGCCCUCGGCCGAAGUUCGUCCGACGACCAUCAGCAAAUACAAUACGUUCCUCCAACUUGCCCUGGUGGGCCUGACGACGGCCGCGCCAGUCCUCACCUACGACCUUUCUACCCCACUGACCGUUCUACAAUACAUUGUGGCGACCACGACAGUCUGGAGCGGGGCUAGUUACGUCUUCAGCAAGGACGCAGUCAAGAUCCUUUCCGCCCCCAAGGAUAAGCCAGCAUAG